AUGUCAUCUCUACCUCGCAAAGAACAGAGCAGGACAGUACGGUCUUCGCAUCCGUCCAGAUGCAGAGAAUCUGCGACUCUACAGUCCACCACCACAUUGUCUGAAUCUGGUCGUGCGGGCCAGUCAGCGGGUCCUGACGAGCAUCAGGCACUGACUGCCUCUGGCGCUGAGGCUGAGGAUUGUCGGGUUCCUCCUGACGAGCAUAAGGCACUGACUGCCUCUGACGCUGCGGUUCUCAAGGUGACAGAUCCCAACUCAUCUUCCGUCCGUCAGCUUCCCCACUUCAGGACCAACCAUGAUCAGCUUCCCCCACAGCAGACGCAGCAGCGGCAGCAGGAGUCACCGCAGCAGCAGGAGGGGGUGCUUCAGGGGCCGCAUGUGGAGGGCUCCUGGCGGCGGUCCGUGAAGCGAAAGGUGGAGUGCGUCGUUGGGGACGCUGACGAGGGUGGUUUCAGAGCAAGCAACGAUCGGUGCGCAGUGCACGGAAGUGGUGGUGGUGCUACUGGUGGUACUGUCAACGCCCAUGUGGCAUGGGUGGCUGGAGAAUUACAGGUCUUGCAGCGACUGGUGCAGAGAGGAGGGGUUGAGCCUGAAAGUACAGGAGCUGGUGCUGUGCAGCAGGGUGCGGUUGAGAUGGGCGAGAUUGCAGUAGAGAGAGCAGGUCCUGUUAAACGAGGACAGGAAGCAGAGAGUCGGGUAGAAGUUGGGGAGGUGGAGAAGGGUGGGGGAGGGGAGGCGGAGCAAUUGCAGCUGUUGCUGCAGCUGCAGCAGCGACUGAAUGUGCUGACAAGUCAGCUAGCUCGCCGACUCAGCAUGCACAUGCUCACCAAUGCUACUACUGAAUCGCAAAAUUCCAGAGAGGUUCCUGUUAUCACAAUUGACCAGCCUACGGGAAACGGGGUACUCCAUAGCGAGGAUAAAUGCAACGGCAACGGGUUCUUCAUUGAUGGUUUCAAUGAGGAGAAAGGGGCAGAAUGGGGGGAGAAAGAGGUUGUGGAAAAAACCGUUGAAAGGAAGCAAAAAGUGAAGAAGCAGGGAGACAAGACGCAUGCAGAGAAUCAACAUGAAGAGAAGAAGCAUGAAGGGAAGAGAGGCAGCGGGACGGAGAAGACGGUUGGGCGUAAGGGAGUGAAGCCUGGCCACAAGGAGGCGAAAACGAGCAGGAAAAGUAAAGAGGGAAAAAGUGCCAAAGUGAAAAGCAGCGAAGCAGCAGGAGUAGCCCCAGCUGUGGUUGUAGAGGAUUCAGCAGCUGCUGCAGCUGGAGGGGGAUCAGCAGUGGUCACAGCAGGAGGAGAAUCAGCAGCUUUUGCAGCGGAAGAGGCGUCAGGUGCUGUAUUGGCCGGCAGGGUGGAUGGGCUGAAUGGUAGUUUGGAUGAGCGGAAUGGCAGCUUGGGUGAGCUAAACGGUGGUGCAGAUGAGCUGAACCAGCGGGUAGGCAUGCUGAGUGGCCCAGGAGAGGGGCAGACGAGGCAAGAAGAGGGGCGGAGUAGGCAGGUGGCUGAGGUGAGUGAUCGAGCGGCUGAGCCGAGCGAACAGGCAUGCGAGCUGAGUGCGCUGGAAGAAGGAGGGUGGACUCGUCAGGUUGAUGGGGCUGGCAGUGGGGAGUCUGAGGUGACUUUUGAGUCGACUCAAAAGUCACCUCGUUACUAUGGGGCGGGCAGUGGGGAGUCUGAGCGCUGGGGAACGCAGCAGCCGCUGGGGCGGGUAGAGAGGGGGUCGCCUGGAUGUGAUGAUGUGGUGAGAGCUGCAAGCGUGGAGUUGGUUCAGAAUGGAUAUUCAGACGUGGAUGAGCGAGAACAGAGAGGUCUGGGUGCUGCUGAGGGUGUGGGGGACGGUGGUGGUGGAACAGCUAGGGCAGAAGCGACUGAUGCAAAGGCAGAGGAGGCAGCAGAAGGUACCGAAACCGAAGCAGCAGAAAGUGCAGUGGGCCGAGCAGCAGACGUUGCUGCGGACGAUGCAGCAGAUGGUGCGGCAGUCAGAGAAGCGAUUGUAUCACUGGGGAGAAAGGCAACAGAGGCAGAGCAGCAGACAAUGGGGGCAGGCGCGGUUGUGGUGGCUGGUGCAGGAGGGGCAGACACGGGUGGAGAAGGCACAGCAGAUGAAUCCAAGGCAGGAGUAGAAGAAACAGGAGCAGACAGUGAUGCAGGAGCGGAAGCAGGGGCACAAUCAGAUGCAGACUCAGAGGGAGAAGCAGAGGCAGGUGACGAAGCUGAGACUGCAAGUGGUGCACCCUGUUCCCCUUCCCCCUCUCGGCAACGAGCGGCCACUGGGAGCUUCCGUGAUUUCCUGGACUCCGUGCCUUCACAUGGGGCAACAGGUGCAACAGGGGCAGCAGGAGGAGCAGGGGCAGCAGGGGCAGCAGGGGCAGGAGAGUCUCAGCGCGGGCAUGGUGACGUGGACUGUCCACGUCAGCUGCGAGAAUCUCAGGGCGAGGAGCUUGCUGACGUGGAGUCUCCUUUGCGGCAGGGAUCUCUGGAUUUUGCAGCUGCGAGUGUGGGCACAGGAGGGGACGGAAGCGGCAUGGGAGACAUGGAAGGGGGGGCCAGCGGACGAGUUGAAGGGAAUCAGGGAUCAGUGGAAGGAAAAAGCGGUGGAUCUGGGACUGCUGCUUCACUCUGGGUCAGCUCCCCUGCUUCUGCCCGCUCCCCUCCUUCUGCCCAAUCUCCUGUGCCUGCCCGCUCACCUGCUCCCGCCCGCUCACCCGCGUUUGCCCGUUCUGAAACCGUCCCAGCGCCCUCCUCCCACGACUCCUCUGCUGACGAGGAGGAAAGGACGCCCAGAGGCCGGAACCACACGAAGCACUCCUCUACUGCAGGCGACCUAUCAACCAUCAACACUGCAGCAGCAGCAGGAGCAGGAGCAGCAGCAGGAGCAGGAGCAGCGGGUGGCAUCCCAGUGAGGGACCUCUCCUCGCGGCCCUGUGACCUCUCAGUGGCUCUGCUUCGCACCGUGGCCUCGGUAUACAUGAGGCACGGUACACACGUGCCCCUCCCCCACGCCUUCUGGGACGAGAGGGGCGUGAACGUCUCAGGCCUGCACCAGGGGCACAGGUCUCGCGCCCCUGCCUUAGAUGGCUCUCCUCAGGACUCUGGCGGCACUGGCCCUCCUCCUGUCUCUUCUAGUGCUACUGGCGCUAACAAUACCAGUGGACCUGCUGGUGAUGCGGCUGGGUCGGAGGAUGCGGUGAGGGCUCCUAACAGCAGCAGCACGUCAGAAGGGGAAGAAGCUUUCAGCCCUGACCAACCCCCGGGCUGCAUGGCCCUCCCAGACUCUACAGCGGCCAAACCUCAGCACUGGGAGAUAAGUGCUGAGGGGGAGCAGGGGAAUCCCCAGGAGAAAGCUCAGGAGAAAACCCAGCAGGCGGCCAGCCCGAAGCUGUUUCGACAGGCGAAGCCGAGAGGGGAUGGCGAAGGGGAAGCAGGGGAAGGAGCAGGGGAGCGAGAUGAUGCAGGAGGGACAGGAGGGAGGGGAAAGGCAGGAGCAAGAGAAGGAAGCAGGGUAAGAGGGCAACGAGAUGAGCCGAAGGAAUCGAAUCCGUCCUCUCCUCAUCUUAAAGCCAAAGCCAGAUUUCCCCUGUCAAUGUCUGUAGGCUCUCAUAACGGAGAUGGUGCUAGGGAGGGUGUACGGGGUGGGUUGCUGAGGCUGUUCCAGGGAGGAACGCGGGGCAGGGAGAAGGGGCAAGAAAGGGCAGCAGCAGCAGCAGGCGAGGCGGAAGGCGGUGGAGGUGAGGGAGUUUUAGACACUUGUGGUGUGAAGUCGGGGGUAGAAUCGGUGCAUGAGUGUCUUUCAGCGGGUAAUUCCCCUGAAAUCAGCCCACGGCACCAGAACCUCUGCAACCCCUCCUCUUCCAUUGUGAAGCCAACCCCUGCAACGCCCUCCUCCCUGCAGCGCCCACCUGCUGUGACCCCUCUGGACACUGCCUCACUGCUGUCUGACUCUGACUCCAUCUCCCCCCUCGCCUCCCCGUUCGCCCCUGCUGGCGAUGUGGGCGAGGCGAAAGAAGUGGCGAGAUCAGUGAACGGUGCGGGUCUGGUUGAGAUGGCAGGAGAGUUGAAACUGCAACAGCAGCAGCAAGAACAGCAGGUGCAGGAGCAGCAGCAGCAGCAGCAGCAGCAGCAGCAGCAACAGCGGGAGCAGAAGCAGCGGGAGAAUGAGAAGCAGCUGGAGCAGCGCAGCCCAGGGAAGCCGCUGCAGCUGCCUCCGAAGCAGCUGAGCCAGCGGAGGGUGCUCAGACGAGCAGACAGCAGCGCCCAGUGUGGUGACACCCUUGAGGAGAGAAACCCAGAGAGGAACCAGGAGAGGAACCAGGAGAGGAACCAGGAGAGGAACCAGGAGAGGAACCAGGAGAGGAACCAGGAGAGGAGCCAGGAGAGGAGCCAGGAGAGGAGCCAGGAGAGGAGCCAGGAGAGGAGCCAGGAGAGGAGCCAGGAGAGGAGCCAGGAGAGGAGCCAGGAGAGGAGCCAGGAGAGGAGCCAGGAGAGGAGCCAGGAGAGGAGCCAGGAGAGGAACCAGGAGAGGAGCCAGGAGAGGAGCCAGGGUUCAGACUCUGACAGUCUGGGAGGCAACAGCGACAAUGGGAGUGGCGGUGGGAGUGGUGGCAAGAGGGACGGUGGGAUUAGCCGUGGGAGUGGUGUUGGUGGUGUGAAGGUCGUGAAUGGAAGGAUGCUGAUUCCGCACUCUCAGUCCGCGCUAGAGACGUCCUCUUUUGCGUUUCAGGAGCACCAGAAGCAGCAGCAGGGACUGGGGAAGGAACAAGGGAGAGGGCAGAUGAUGGUGCAGGGAGGGAGGGCUCCGUUGGUGGGUGCCAUGGCAGGGCGAGGAGCAAGAAUGGGCAGCGGACACGGCACUGCUGCUGCUGCUGCUGCUGCUGCUGCUGCUGCUGCUGCUGCUGCUGCUGCUGCUGCUGCUGCUGCUGCUGCUGCUGCUGCUGCUGCUGCUGCUGCUGCUGCUGCUGCUGCUGCUGCUGCUGCUGCUGAUAGUAGCGGCGGUUCUGCUGCUGUUGCUGGUGGUGGUGGUGGGGGCAGCAGUCUUCCUGGCACCAGUGCUGGGAGGGGAGGUGGAAGAGGAGGAGGCAGGAUGAUGCAGCGUGCACAGAGCAGCAGCACUGCUGAGCUGAGUGCCAUCAGCAGCACCUGGAAGCUCGCAGCAGCAGCAGCACCUGACGGAGUCCCAGGCAGGUACCCGCCUCCCCUGCACCUGCCACCCUUGCACCCCCCUUCAGCGCGCCUCUCCUCCUCGGUGCACCCGUCAACACCCGCCCCUGGUAAGUUUCCCGGUAUGCCUGCUGGUGCGGGGCGCAUGGGUGGUGCGUACAGCAGGGGAUGGAGGGGCGGGGAGGGCACUGAUUCUCUCCUGCCUGCCAGCAACGCUCUCCAAACACAUCUGCCUCUCUCCGGCAUUGACUUUCCCCGCUCCCACACCUUUCAUUCUGGCCCCUCCCGCCCCCAGUUCUCUCAAUCCUCAUAUCCCUCUCAGCCCUCUCACCCCUCUCAGCCCUCUCAAUCCUCAUAUCCCUCCCAGCCCUCUCAGUCCUCUCCUCCUGAGCCCUCUCGUCCUCGGAAGUCCCAAUCGGGGCCGCUCUAUCCCAGAGCGUCCAAAAAGAAUCCCUCGGUCAGACAGCAUCCAUUGGCGCCACUGGAUGUAGGCGCCUCUCUGCCUCUCCACCCUCUCUACGAGUCCACACAGCAGCAGCAGCAGCAGCAGCAGCAGCAGCAGCAGAAGCAGUUCCCACCUGAGUCCACCCCUAACAAUCUGUUAAACCCAACCGCUUCUACCAAGCCAUUUGCCCGGACCAGCUCUACCUCACCCAACCCAAACGGCACAGCCUACCCGGGCGGCUCAACCGUAGCUAACCCCAUCCUCACGCGGCUGCUCCUCCCCAAAAGCCCCUCUGAGGGCGCUUACUCUGGCCGCCCACCCAAGAGCCCCACCCCUCAUGCCGCUUCUUGCUUCUCCCCUUCUGAAGGCGCGAACUCUGGCCGACCCCCCAGGAGCCCUACUCCCCUUGCCGCCUCCUGCCUUUCGCCCUCUGAAGGUGGUGCUCCUUCUUUCUCCCCCUCGGCUGCGUCACCCUCCUUCUCCCCCUUGGGCCCCAAGCGUGUUGGCGGCGGCAGUGGUGGUGGUGGUGGUGGUGGUGGUGGUGGUGGUGGUGGUGGUGGUGGUGGUGGUGGUGGUGGUGGUGGUGGUGGUGGUGGUGGUGGUGGUGGUGGUGGUGGUGGUGGUGGUGGUGGUGGUGGUGGUGGUGGUGGUGGUGGUGGUGGUGGUGGUGGUGGUGGUGGUGGUGGUGGUGGUGGUGGUGGUGGUGGUGGUGGUGGUGGUGGUGGUGGUGGUGGUGGUGGUGGUGGUGGUGGUGGUGGUGGUGGUGGUGGUGGUGGUGGUGGUGGUGGUGGUGGUGGUGGUGGUGGUGGUGGUGGUGGUGGUGGUGGUGGUGGUGGUGGUGGUGGUGGUGGUGGUGGUGGUGGUGGUGGUGGUGGUGGCAGUGGCAACAGUGGUGGUGGAAGGGGCAGAGGAGCAGCAGUGGGAGGAGGAGCGGUAGGAGGAGCGGCAGGAGGAGAAGGGGAUAGCCAGCCCUCUCACCCACCCAUCAACACCCGUCUUUACCCCGCCACCACUGCUGCUGCAGCUGCCACCACCGCUGCCGCCCUCGCUGCCGCUGCAGCCGCUGCCGAAGCUGCCCCCCGGCCCCGGCGGCGGGUCCUAACCUCAGGCUCGGAUGGAGCAGAGGCUUGGAGAGGAUCCUGGGGGGGAGCUGGGGGAGGGGCAGGGGGAGGAGCAGAGGGAGGCGGAGGGGGAGAAGGAGAGGGGGGAAUGGUGCUGGCGGAAGGGGGAAUGGGGCCAGGGAUGGGGAGUGGGAGGAGUGGGAGGGCGGAGAUGGGAGGAAGUGGGAGGGGAGGGGAGGGGGCAUCAGGAGCAGGGUGGGAGCUCGUGGUGGUGGAGGCUGUACCUGGGGAAGGCGCAUAUGUGCAUGCUGACGUGGCAGCACUCAAGAGACACCGGCACUAUGUGGAUCAGCUGCGGCUGGUCGACCCCGCCACUCUCUCACACACAGAGAGGCUCGUCUUCUGGAUCAACGUGUACAAUGCACUCCUGCUCUCGACGUACAUCACCAACGGCUGUCCCGACACUCACCUGCGCCGCAUUGCCCUGCUGCAGACCGCGUCAUACAGCAUUGGGGGCCAUACAGUCACAGCCACCGACAUUGAGUUUGCCAUUCUCAGAGCGCCGGCUGCUAGGCCCUCUCCUCUGGCCAAGGCACUGAACGCCACGCCCUUCCCAGCAGAUGAUCCGAGGCAGCAGUGGGUGGUGGGGGAGGCGGAGCCGCUGGUGGCGUUUGCUCUGUCGCCGGGAUCCCUCAGCGCGCCUGUGCUGCGCGCCUACCUGCCGCACUCACUGCUCUCGCAGCUGGAGCACGCCAGAGACCUCUACCUCGCCAGCUGCAUCGGCAUGACUGCUGACAACCGCGUGUGCCUCCCCCGCCUCUUAAAAUGGUGA